UCCAAGAGGAAUAAAACCAUGGAAAUGCGUCUCUUGGCCUUAUGGCUGUUCUGUGCUUCGCUGGCAUACUCCACUCCUCUAUCAACGCAGAAGACAAGUUCCAGUGAACCGCCAACUGCGACACUCACUUCCAAAAAUGCACACAAUAAAACGGUAUUUGUUGGUCGCACCCUUUCUGAGUUCAAUCAGGAUCUCUUUCUGGGAGUCAAAUUUGCCGAUAAGCCAGUCCGUUUUACGCCCGCGGAACUGAAGGCCAAAUACGUAUCUAGUGAUAGCGACUCCGGUGCAUAUGAUCUUUCUGCCGCUGGCAUCAAGUCCCACGCUGGUGAAGUCUAUUACAACGCAACUGAGUAUGGAUAUGAUUGUCCUGGAUAUGGAUCCGAUACCACAAAUCUGGUCAAUCAAGGCUUUGUCACGCUGAACGAAAAUUGUCUAAACCUGAACGUUAUCAGACCCCAGUCUGAAAGUAAAGACUUACUACCGGUUCUGCUUUGGAUAUUUGGGGGAGGAUGGCAACAAGGAUCUACUGCUGACCCAAGAUAUAAUAUGAGCUACAUAAUUCAACAGAGUGCAGAUAAUGGCAAGCCAGUGAUUGGUGUCUCAAUCAACUACCGACUGGCUGCUUUUGGAUUUCUAGACUCAAAAGAAGUGCGGGCCGAAGGAAACACCAACCUUGCACUUCGAGACCAGCGUGUUGCCAUGCACUGGGUCAAAGAGAAUAUCCACGCCUUUGGAGGUGAUCCCGACAAGGUCACUAUCUGGGGCGAAUCUGCCGGUGCCUAUAGUGUCGGAGAUCAUCUAGUCACCAAUGGUGGUGAUAAUGAAGGUCUUUUCAGAGCCGCCAUAAUGGAUUCCGGAAACGCCGUUGGACCCCCAUACAACGGAACCGAAUGGCACCAACCGAUGUACGACGGAAUAGUUGAGCGAGCUGGCUGCUCAAAUGCCACGAAACCUCUCGAAUGCCUUCGCGAUCUCCCUUAUGAGACGUUUUACAGUGUCGCCUACGCUGGCCUGGAGUGGUUUGCCACUAUCGAUGAUAUUUUCAUUUCACAAUAUCCACAAAUAAGUUAUCGAGAAGGCAAAAUCGCCAAAGUUCCCAUUCUUCUAGGUACCAACACAGAUGAAGGUACAAGUUUUGGAACAACGGGUGUGAACACGGAUGAGGAAGCUAUUGCACAACUUAUCUCAUCGAAGCGGUGGGUGCUUUCCAGUGAAGAAGCCACUAAUGUCUUGAGUCACUAUCCUAAUAUUUCCGCUAUUGGUUGUCCUUACGGUUGGGGUAACACUACUUGGCCCUCUUUGGGCUAUGAAUACAAGCGCUAUGAAUCUAUAGCCGGAGAUCUGUGCAUGGUGGCGCCUCGCCGAAUGCUGGCACAUACUAUGUCCGUGUUUGAGAAGAAUGUGUUCUCAUACCGGUGGGAUGUGGCUGCUCUGAACACUAGCUCAUCAAUUGGAGUGCAGCAUUUUGCAGAGAUCCCUUUUGUCUUCGCGAACCCGGUCCAAAAUAUUACCUCUCUAGGAGCAGAUUUACCUGGCCGCUUAGCACUUGGACAAAUGGCUGCACGGAUGUGGACCUCUUUUGCCGCAGACUUGAACCCCAAUGGUCAUGGAAUACCGAGCAUUCCAACUUGGCCUAGUUUCUCAUCGCAAGCCACUAAUUUUGUCUUCCGUCUUCCGCGAAAUGAGAGCUAUGUUGAAGCAGAUGAUUAUCGUGUUGCGGGGAUGCAGUACAUCAACAGCAUUGCCCGGUAA